AUGCGAGAGGAUACUGCAGAGUCAACUUCCAUGCACGGCACGACGCAGCCAAUGGUUCGCCUAAUUAAAGUCGUGCAACGUCGUGCGGGCCGAUCAACGGCACCUAGUAUUUAUGGGGCCUCCGAUUUGUCGUUGAUAAGGCUGUGGAGCAGUCGUGGUUUUUGUGAUCGAGUGGGGCAAAGGCGUGCUCACCAUUGUCCGUUGAUGCCAAGGAUCAACCCCAACAUACUUCUUCCAUUGCCGCCAAAGUCCCAGGCGCCGUUGAAUUAUCCAAAGUCCAACUUGAAGCUUGAGGACCAUUGCAUCGACGAUUUACGAAAGCUGAGAGUGGCGGUAAUCGGAGCAGGCCUAUCUGGAAUAUCAGCGGGUAUUCUACUGCCAGCAAAAGUUCCAAAUAUUGACCUGACUAUCUUUGAGAAGAACCAGGACGUGAGUGGUACGUGGCUUGAAAACAUAUAUCCUGGAGUUCGCUGCGACAUCCCAGCCCACGUCUACCAAAGCACAUUCUCGCCAAACACGCAGUGGUCGGAACGGUUCGCCCAAGGUCCGGAGAUUCGAGAUUACUGGCAAGCUCAAGCUCGCAAACAUGAUGUCUACCGUUAUAUCAAACUGGGGCAUCGCAUCGAAUUUGCAGAGUGGGAAGAAAAGGAAUCCAACUGGGUGGUGAAGGUGCAUGACCUGAAGACGGAUGAGACAUCCGACGAAAAGUUCGACUUUGUAAUCUUGGCUAUUGGACGAUUUAAUCGUUGGAAGCUCCCCGAUUAUCCAGGAGUCGAUGAAUUUAAAGGUGUGCUACGACACACCUCAGACUGGGACCCUACUUUUGAGCCUAAGGGGAAGACCGUCGCAGUCAUUGGAAACGGAGCAAGCGGCAUUCAGGUGACUCCGGCUUUACAGAAGACAGCGAAGCAUGUGGGCCAUUACGCUCGAAAUCCUACGUGGAUCGCAACUUCGUGGGCUGGAGACGAAAGGAUAGAUGGACCGCAGCCAUAUUCAGAAGAACAGCGAGAAUCGUUCAAUGACCCGGAAACCUAUCUCAAGUUCCGAAAAGAGCUUGAGGUGAAGUAUUGGAGGCGAUUCAAGGCGAUGCUUAGGGGCUCGGAGGAGAAUGCAGGCAUGAGAGAGACGUUUAUUGAGAUCAUGAAGAAACGCACAGAAGGGAAACCAGAGCUAUUGGCCGGCCUGAUUCCAGAUUUCGCUCCUCAUUGCCGACGUCUUACCCCUGGUCCUGGCUACCUGGAAGCUAUCACACAGGACAACGUCGAAUUCAUCCAGACCAAGAUCAAGCGAUUUACUGAAACUGGAAUUGAGACCAUUGACGGAAAUCACCGCGAGUACGACGCAAUCUUCUGCGCUACUGGCGCAAAUAUUGACCUCGCGCCACCUUUCUCCGUGAAAUCGCGCGGAAUUGACCUGAAAGAUGCAUGGAAGCCCGGAGGCGUUUUUGGGUUUCCUUACACCUAUCUUGGGCUUGCCACGCCAGGGUUCCCAAACCUUCUAAUCCUCGCAGGCGCACAUGCCACUGGACCUUCCGGUACAGUGCCACAUAGCGUGGAGACUCAGCUCACUUAUUACGCUAAGCUCCUCCGAAAGGUGUCAUCGCAAGGCAUUAAGACCAUUGUUCCAAGCAAGAAAGCUGCGGAUGACUUCAUCGAGUAUUCAGAUGCCUUCUUCCCCAAAACAGUCCUCACAGACAACUGCAGCUCUUGGAACAACGGUGGCAGACCAGGUGCCCGAAUUCACGGGCUCUGGCCUGGCAGCGCUGCCCAUAUUACCAUUGUUCGUCGUGACCCUCGAUGGGAAGAUUGGGAGUACGAGUAUAUCACCGACAGUGGUAAUAGGUUUGCAUACUUUGGUAAUGGCUACACGAAGAGGGAAACCGAGCCAGGUGCCGACUUGACGACAUACCUCAAGCUGCCAUCAGAGAUCAACCUGAAAGACCUUCACGAGAGCUGGUGGGACUUACCUUGAUCAAGUCCCGGUACCUACAACCUGGUUCAUGGGAUUUGCUUCAAGAUUUCGGAGUUCUAUGUUCAGGGGCUUCGAUAUUACUUUCAAAUGUGCCUUAUACUAUCAAAUUCGAGUGUCCAAUAACUUCUCGGCUUUCUUAGCGCAAAUAAACACCCUUUCAGACAAUAAGAGGCGUUAUAAGCGCCGCAUAUCAUACAGUUUUUUGCAACGUUUAUAGACUAAUACAACCUCACC